CAAGAACUGAUGAUGACAGGAGCGUUCCUGAUUCUGCUUUUUGCAACCCUUGCCGCUUCUGAAACAUGUGAAUCUCUCCAUGCAAAGAAAGUUGAUGCAUAUGAUGACAAGAGAAUUUCCCAGUCAGUCAUGUGGACUCUAAACAAUUUGACCAAGGCUGAAUGUAUGAAGGAGUGUCAAAGGGAACAGUAUUGCGUCAGUUUCCACUUCAGGCCAUCGGGACCAGUUUGUGUGGCAUUACGGGAACGGUUUGAAGGAUCCAGCGUUCCCUCCGUCGAGGCUCUUGGCUAUCAACUCUUUCAAACCAAUAAACCUUUGGCCAUAGUAGGGUCAGAAUGUGAGCUAGACGUGAACUGUGCCCCCCUCACUAACUCCCAUUGUAACGAAGGAGUCUGCAGGUGUGACGUGGGCUACGGGCCGGACGGAAACACCUGCCGCAUCCUCACAGAAUGUUCCACCCUCAGCGAUAACUUUACCCUGUACAGGUCGUUUUUCAUAUCGGGCCACGACUUCCUCAGCCAAGGAGCAACUACCUACGAAUCAUGCCCUGCGUUCUGUAUCAGCGACAACAGAUGUAAGUCGGCUGACUUGGACUUUGUUGCUAAAAUCUGCUACCUUAAUACGCACACAUGGCUAGGAGCGCUUGCAUCCUCGCGCAUAAAGGACAGCCCAGAAUUUGAUUUCUUCCAACGAGAGUGCCUUUGGUAAAUCACCUGAGAACUGCAAUUAAAUAUUCCAAAGCGGAGUGUUUGAAUAAGUUAAAAGAUGUAAUAUUAUCCCGAAAAAACGUAAUUUCCUCAGUGUUUGCAAAAAGUAUUGUUCCUUAAAUUACAGGAACUCUUGAAAACGAUGUUUUGUGAAAUGAAAACGAUUGUUCAAAAAUGAAUUUAGGAAAUAGCCUGAAACAAAAUUCCAAAGCAUAUGGUCGGUGCUUUGUUCACAUAAAUAUUAAAAAUAGAGCAAAUUAUAUUGUGUGAAUAUAAAAAACAAAAACAGUCAAAACCUAUUGUAGAAAAUUACUCGGGAUGAGAUACAUGGUUUGAUUUAUCGGGUGUUCGAUACAUCCGACUCAACUUUUAUGUAUCCCAGUAAUGAAACAACAGCUGCAAAACGCCAACAUUCAGAAUCUUGCAUGUUAGGUAAAUGACUAUUGUAUAAUAAGUAAUUAAGGGGAAUAAACUGGCAUAUCGACACCAAUGUGUAUAUAUACAUUUAUUCAUCUUACACAAAUUCUAACUUAUCAGAGUAGGAUUUUAGUAACUUUUACUCUGGGUACUUUACACCAAUAUUUGACACAUCUGGGUCAUUGUCCUGACGGAAGAGCAAAACAUAGCACAGCUUCUCACGUCUAUCAAUCUGUAAUUGUCUCAACAUUGCAGCAUGAUAUUACUCGUCUGCACACCAGAACACGAAGGCCAUAACCUUUUCUUCUUUCGUCAUCAUUUGUCACAAAUCGUUGCAAGAACCUUUCUGUUCCAGCUUCAAACAGAGCUUGAUUGUCACGAGACAUGUCGUGUCUGGUGCGUUUUUCACUAGAUGUCAAAAGUUUAACUGUUUUUUUUACUCAAGCAAGGAACGUUGCUAGCUUGUUCUAUGUUAAAUCGUGACUAUAUUCUCUUACCCUUGGCAGUACCUGUAGGUUUGUGGUAAUUGGAACAUGUCCCACUUUGUAUAGUUUAGACAUUCUUGUUGUGAUGCUGCUGUUGCUGUGAGUAGAGUAUGUCGAUUCUGAUUAACUCUUUUAUGUUGUGUACCUUUGAAUAUGUAUGGUAACAUAUGUGUUGUCUUGUGUGAAUGCCCACUCUUGUUAUGUGUUAGUUCGAGUGUGUAGGGCAUAAUAUAUUCCACCAUAUGCACAUUGUUGUAAGUUGAAUAAUAAAGAUCCUUCUACAUCAUAUUCAUCUGGUGUGUUAGUACAUGUACACACUUCAUAAAAAUAAACGCACAGGCCGAUUUUUAGUAAAUUUAUUAUACCUAAUAAAGUCGAUAUAGUUAAUGUAAUAUCAUAGAUACAAAAAAUAAAUCUCACAUGUUGUCGUUGUACAAAGGCAUUUAAAACUGUUCAUUGUCAUAUCACAUAAGGCCACAGGUUGCGCUGAACUCGUGUAUCUCGUGUGACAGCCCCAGCCAGCAAUCACGGCUCUGCAUCUCGUUGGCACAGACUGGAUAAGUGUACGAAUACUGUCCUGCAGAUGUCUGGGCCAUUCUGCUUGCAACGCGUUAGCAUGUUGUGGGAGUGUCUGCGGCGUGUUCUGACGUAGACGUACACGUCGAUCGAGUUUAUCCCAAAAGAGUUCAAUUGGGUUGAGAUAUGGAGAUAUCGAAGGACAGGACAAGCCGUUGAUGUUGGCAUUAUGAAGGUAAUCUAUCGUGACAUGAGCUGUGUGCGGUGGAGCGUUGUCCUGUUGAAACAGCUCCCUCUGGCGGUCAAUGAUUGGAAGAAGGUGAGGUUGAAGAAUUUGAUUCAAAUUAGAUCUUGAGAUGUAGGAUAUGGCCCUCCAAACCUUGAAACUACAGCCACCGAAAUUGUCGACUUCACGUACACAAUAUGGGGCAAAACGCUCGACGUUGUCUUCCAUCUCGCCAGUGAAGAAGAAAUCGUGAUUCAUCGCUGAUCCACACUCGUCUCCAGUUUCUCAAAUUCCAAGGCUGUAAGGUGGUGCCAACGCAUGCGUCGCUGUCGAUGAAUCUGUUGCAAAACAGGGACGAUAACCGGUCUUCAAGGGCGGAUCCCACCCUCGCGAAGAUGGUUCCUGACAGUCUGGUCCGAAAUGCUCCUCAAACCAGGGACGCGUUCUGCAGUCUCAGUAGCUCUGGCAUUGCGAUGAGGUAGGUAGAACAGUCGAAUGUAGCGAUCCUGUGCAGGGGGGAGGAGGGGGAACUUUUAGUCGGCCAGUUCUCGGACGGUCUGCAGUGGAAUUGAACUGUGAGUAUUGGUCACAAAGGCGGCAAAUAGUGCCGCUGUGGUCGUUGAAGUUGCGUGCAUCAGAAGACUGUGAUUGCCCUCUUUGAAUACGUCCUGUGGUGAUGUUCCGAUCGGCAGCGCUGAGUCUCGGCAUUUUCGAACUUGUUGACAAUUGAAUGGCAAAGUAUUGGCUUAUGCUUACGUUUUUAUAGCCACUACCACGAGUUACGCAUGUCAUAACUUGCACGUGCAUUUUGCUUUACUGUUUGUCAUAAAACUGUUUUAUAAAAGAAUGCCCGAUUCGCUUUCAGAUCUAAUCCCUGUAAAUAUGUCCGGGGGUUUGUCGAAUAUCAGGCCACCAACAUUUUCCAAUAACAUAUAUCAAAUUUAUAUACCCUUUUUUUUGUGUAGUCAGGUUCAGUUAACUAGAUACUACCUGUGAGUUUCUUAUUAUGAAGAGUGUAUACUAGCGAUUGAUAGU